AUCAAAAUGGGUAACAUGCGGAGGCUGUUGAUCUUUGCUGUUCUAGUAAUAUUAACCGUCAUAUCCAAUUCAAAAUCGAGUUACAAAUAUGAUGGUUCAUUGUUCUCAAGUAAAGAAUUGGAUUAUGAUGAGACAGACACUAAAGCAAUGGGAUCCGUUUUUUCAAGAUAUAUGUCAGAUUCCGAUGCUCAGCUAAUUCUUGAUCUCGACUUUUUCCGUCAUUUUUUCAAUUACGCAGAAGCUUAUAGAGAUGGAGCUGAAGAGGGAAAUCUUGAAUUAAUGAAGUAUGCUGUUGAAAUGGUUGAAAAAUUAAAAUCAUUUGAUAUAUCAAUGGCUUGCGUUGGAGACAUGAUGCACUUGGCAUGGACUGGAGUAGAAUAUGCAACUCAUGUUGAAGAGCAUAAAAACUGCUCAGAUUGCAAAUGUACACCACUUUUCCAACAAAAGAAAAGUGAACGUCACUGGAUUUUUAAUGUUUUUGAUGCAAUGGGAAAGGUUCCAGCUGGUAUUAUGAGUGGAAAUAACUUAUGGGUGGGCUCAUGGAGCACUUGUAGAAAGAUUGACGUUGUCAAGAAUGCUCAAGGACAAAAGUGGAAAGGUCAAUAUUGUUUGGCAACAAUUGAUGCAUAUGAGAGAGACAAUCCACUAGUUUAUUUUGGAAAUAUGAUGUCUGGACCACCAGAUAAACAUUGCUAUGAUAAGACGGUCAAAAAUGUAACUGAUGAUGGCUUCUGUUUUGCUCUUUUCCCAGUUCUCAAGUUUGGAGUAUGUAUGCCAAAUACAUGUACAAAUCACGAUGUGAAACAAAUGUUAUCAUUUGCAAUCAGAGCAACAGAAGGAGCAGUAGGAACAAAAUCAGUUUGUAAUGUAGACGUGGAAUGUCGUGCAGAAUCAUAUUCAGAUGCAAUGAGUGAAAAUGGACUUGCAAUGUUUGCACUAUAUCUUCUUAUCGCUACCGUAGUUCUUGUUACAUUUGGAACUUUAUAUGAUCUAUUCAUAGUCUCCAAAGCACCUCAAGACGAAAAGAAUAGUUCAGCGUUUAAUCAUCCAUUUAUCAAAUUUAUUCUGGCAUUUUCAAUGUAUACAAAUGGAAGUGAGAUUCUUCAAUCAAAAAAAAAUGAUCGAGAAAUCAAUUCAUUACACGGAGUUCGAUUCUUGAGCAUGUGUUGGAUUAUCUUGGGACAUACUUAUUAUUAUAUUGGAACUAGUUUAACAACUGAUAACCUUGUACCAACAUUGAUCAACUUCCCAAAACAAUUUCAUACUCAAAUUAUUGUACAAGCACCUCUUGCUGUGGAUUCUUUUUUCUUUUUGAGUGGAAUGUUGGCUGCUUUCUCAUUCUUCAAAAAAACAAUGAAAGCCGAUCCAAAUCACCCACCAAAAUUGAGUGCAUUCAAUUGGCAAACAUGGCCAAUGUAUUACUAUAAAAGAUAUAUACGCAUUACUCCAACCUAUAUAAUUGUAAUGCUAUUUGAUGUAACUCUUUUCACUUAUAUUUCAAAUGGUCCAUUCUGGAGGCCAAUUGAAAGACAAGGAUGCAGCAUUGCAUGGUGGACAAAUCUCAUUUAUCUUAACAAUUUCCUUCUUCAAGAUCAAGAAUGUUGUAUGGGUUGGACUUGGUAUCUAGCAAAUGACAUGCAAUUCCACAUUUUUCUAAUGCCACUUUUAGUUAUUGUCUUUCUGAAAUGGGGCAUGAAAGUUGGUCUCGGAUUAUCUACUGGACUCAUUGCAUUAUCUUCAUUGAUCAGAUUGAUCAUAACCCAAAUCUAUGGCUAUCCACCAGCACCAAUACUCACUGCAAAGCUUCAAAUAGUUUACCAACUGAAUGAUUAUUGGAAUGAUGUAUACGUAAGACCCUAUAUUAGAUGUACUCCAUUUAUUGUUGGUAUUGUUGUUGCGUAUCUUUUGAAUGCCUGGACUACUCGAGAGCAAAAAGAUCUUAAGAUAAAGCUUGAAAGAAGAACUGUAAUUAUUUGUUGGUGCACUUCAACAGUUCUUGGAUUAUACUCUGUAUUUGGCUUGUACUGGUUUGCAAAGACGGGAGAUAUUUCUAAACCUUGGGAGAUUUUGUACACCAUUUUUGGAACACCAGCAUAUGCUUUAGCAUUGGGAUGGGUUGUUUUCGCGUGUACAACUGGAAAUGGUGGACCUGUAGACACAAUUCUCUCUUGGAGACUAUUUGUUCCGUUAUCUAAAAUUACUUUUUGUGCAUAUUUGCUUCAUCCAAUCAUGCUUCAAAUCUACAAUUUGAGUCGACCACAGCCCUUCCAUUUUACCACAUUCAUUCAAAUGAUUCGGUACACAGUCGAAGCUGUUUUUGCUUCCUACACAAUUGCAUUCUUCUUUUCUCUAGCAUUCGAGAAGCCGUUGAACAAAAUCGAUGAAAUGCUCUUUAACAGCAAAAAAAUGAUGAACGGAGAGAAUGGAAAUACAACUGAAAUGGUUCCGCUGAAUAAGAUUCGAAAUAGUGACUAAAUAAACCGUUUUUCUAGUUUUAUUUUUUAAUUUUUACUGGUUUUUGUGUAAUGUUUGUCACAUGGCGCAAAGCGCAGAAUAAAGUUUGAAUAUCCUUGU